GAUUUUGAAUUGAACCAAAAAAAAAACAAGAAUGGCACGGCCCAGCACCAGCUUAGAUUUAAGCGAAUUUUUCAGCAAUGAUGACAGUGAUGGUCAUCGCUUAGCGGAAUUUCUUCAAAAGAGACGAGGAGGUGUACAAAGACAAAAUUUUCUUUUUAUGAAUUGUGAACCUCAACGCUUGAGCCUAGAUGUACAAUUGGAAAAACUACCACCAUCGCAGCAGCUGGCAACUUGCGAAAAAAAUAAUGAAAAACAAAUAGAAAAUGUAGAGGAAUGUGAUAAAAAUGUAGAGAAUGCUGGCAAUGAUGAGAUAGAAAAUGAAUUAGCUUCACUACAUGGUGAGACUGUGGGAGCAGCACCUGGCUCUAAUAAUGAGACUAAUGAACAUGUGUCCAAAGUUUCAAAAGUUCAUCCUUUACCUAGUGAAGGUAUGUCACCCAAUUCACCAGACAAGCCGCACCGUCUAUCUCCGCCCCCAAGUUCAAUAAAACCAUUAAGUCCUUCUCGACCUCUAAGUCCUCGUUUGUCAUCCAUACGUAAAAGUGGCGGUAUUUCUCCUAGCGAUAGACUACGACGUUACAGCUUGAAGCGCCUAACCAAGAUUGGCAGACGUACUUUACUUCAAGAAUUUGAAAGUACAGUUUCGGAUACUAACUUUGAUCCCCCUAUAUGCAGUACUCCCCUUUCACAGCCACUACCAGAAAACCUACCUUCUUCUCCAUCCUCAAGCCAAUCACCCGGAGUUGAAAACUUAAUACCCAAUGGAACAGACAAAGGUCCCAGUUCGAAUGAGUCAUGCUGUGAACAUGCCGAUACAUUAAUUCGAACAUUGCAACGUAAAGAUGAAGAACUUAAACAUUAUAUGGAAAGUAUUUUGGAAAAUACCAUGAGAAAGAUCCAAAGCCAAGAGAAGGAAAAUAAUAAAAGCACAUCAGAGGACACACAAACUAUUGCAACUUCACAAGCCACCAAGUCACCAUUAAAACGAACAUACACCGUGGAAAAAGGAAACACUCUUGGACAAGUAAUUUUAACUCCAGAUAGAACUGCAAAACAAAGUCCACCUCAUUCCAGAUUGUUAAGAUCACAAACAGAAUAUUCACCCUGCAAAAUAUUGAAGACACCAGAACGAAGCCUAAAUCGUUCCAUGAGUUCAAUAAAAGUCAAAAGCCCUCAAAAUAUCAUAUCACCGCGACAUCUCAAUAAUUCCGUGUCAUAUAUGGACAGUAGACCAAAUCAGUCAAAUUGUAACAUAACACAUAGAGGUUCGAAAAUGCUGGAAAUAAGUCGUUCACGUAGACAGCAAGAACAACAGGUACCAACUACUCCUCCAAGGAACAAUGUGUCAAUUAUAUUUCCAUCACAAGAUGUCGAAAUACCAGAAACACAAGAUGUACCACCUGCAAGAGAAAAUUCGAUAAUUAUACAGUCAGAUAAUCGGGAAAUGCCUCUGGUUGUUAUACCAGUAAAUCAUACCUUUAACAGGACCUGUGAAAAAGAAAUUCUCCGCAACAAUACAAUUAUAACAGCCAGAACUAAACAGUCUCUGAAUCCCAAAAACGCAUCGACAAAACAGAAUGAGCAGACAGCUGAACCUAGUGAGGAACAAUGCAACCAACUGGCCGAGGAUAAUCUAAAACUAACCGAUAUUUUAACCGAUGAUGAUGAUGAGACUCCCAAAGCUGCGGUAUCACGUACUAUAGAAAACAAUAGCCAGGCACCAUUAAAUUUAGCACCAAGUGCAACCAAUAAGCGAACGAAACGUUUGCGAAAGCGCUCUAUUUCACGACGAAGACUGCAAAUGGACAAUUCUCAGCUACUAAGUACCGAAACGGAGACGGAACUAAACCCGCAAGCUCACAUCAGUAGACGUACGGUUAAGAGGAAACAUAUACCUCUUAAUAGGGCACCCGGUACACCGUUAAAUGGUGAAAAGUUUGCUCAGGAAUUGGCACGAAUGAGCAACUAUGAGAUACUCGAUUUGCGCAAACGCAAUUCUUUGGGUCGAGUUUUUGCCAUAUCGGGCCGCAAGUCUGUACGGUCUCAUGAGGAGGCUGUUAAAAAGCAAAAUGAAUUAGACGAUCAAAUUGAAAUAGAACUGCUAAAGCGUAACCUCGACGAAGCUACUGACAAACAACACUCACUAAAUGAUCAAGCUAAUAUCGGAGAGGAUAUAGAUGAAUGCCUGCCAGCACCCGACGAAUUUCGUGACUCGUUGGAUAAUCGACAAAAAACUAAAAAUAAAUCCAAGGAUUCAUCUCUAAUUGAUGAAAAAUCUACGGAUCGUAUUUCCUUCAAACGAAAAAAACGAAAUAGUUUAGAAAAGUCAAGGUCAUCAAAAUCCAAUAAAAAGCCAAUUCCAGAUGUAUUGAAACAAUAUUUGGAGGUAUCAAAAAUGUUGACACAAAAGAAAAAAAAUAAAAAUAGAAUUAAUACAUCCAAACGUUCACUCUACACCCAGGGCAAUUCGGACACCGAAGAAACCAAUAGUUCCCCAGAAAAGUCCGAAUUGGAGAAGAACCGUUCGAGCUUUAGAAAUAAGAAAAAAAGUAUACCGUACGUACCCUCCCCUCCCAGAUCAGAUGUCGAUGAAAUUACAACUCUGAAAGUUGUAUCGCCACCACCUCCUUUAAAUAUUACGCCCAGAAAAUCAUUACCUCAAUCACAUCAGCAGACCACAGCAGUUGACGUAGAGGAAAACUCUUACAAUUCUAAUACUACUACAAAUGAAGCUCUACCACCACCACCGCCAGGAUUUGAAAGUGAUUCGGGUGUCAGUUCUAACCAUUACAACAUUCACUCUAACACUAACAACACGUUACAAACAGAUCAAGUAAACACCAUCAACCAGACUCCACAAUUAACUACAAACAACAACAGCCACACCGAUAAUGAUGAUGACCAAAUAUUUAAGAAACCUCUGCAAACAGCCCCUAAAAGACGAGGACGUCCCAAUAAUGUAAGUAAAAUUCCCUCAAAUAAUUUAGUACAAAGUACGAGCGAUUCACAGGAAUCGGCUGAUAAUAGUGCGGAUGCAACAGACGGCUCACUUCGUAGAUCGAAGCGUGGUCAGGUGCCUUUAAAACAUCCGAUACCCAUAUUCCAAUUACUGUUUCAACAAACAUUCAAUAGACGUAUGGAAAUGAUAGAGAAGAAAAAGCAAAAAGAUAAGCAAAAAUCACGCGAACUUUCCAAAGCGAAUAAGCUGAAAAAUGUUAAAGAUAAAGACUCCAUUCCAUCUACAAAAACCUCGCAACCAGGACGAACACGACUUCCAACUGUUCCGGAAAACGAGCCAUAUAUUACUUCAUUACAUCAAGAUAUAGAGAUUUUGACGAAAAAGAAGACAACCAAAGUUAAAGAAUCCAAAGUAAAACGUAAGCAGAAUAAAAACAACAACAACAACAAUGAAGAUAUCCAACCGCAUGAUAACUUUGAGUGUAGUCGUAUAAUAAUGAAUACACCACCACCAGUUGAUCAUCUGAACAAUGUCUUUGAUCAAUUGAGAAAUACUAGCUCUACACUCAACACCUCACCACCAACACCACAGCCAUCAUCAAGUCGUGAUUUAGUAGAAAAAGUAAAACCGUUUAAAGUUCGUGUGGCCCGCAUAAAAUCGACAGCGCAACCAAGUGGCUACGAUAAUGUUGGUGUCACUUCCACCAACAACAACAACUCAAACUAUGAAUUAAUUUCUUGGUUGAAAAACAUUUCGGAAUCGGACAGCUCGGUCGCACGUAAUGGCGAAAAUGAAGAGAUUUUCAAGGAAAUGCGAAUUUCAGCCGCAUCCAAUCUCUCCUUUACCGAACUGCAAGGUGUCGAGUAUGCAUUUUACGAUACAGACGAGAAGGCCAGUUUGGGCUACCUACGAUUCAAGCCGCGCCAAAUAAAGCCCAAAAAGAAGGCCAAACGUUUCCAUUUACAUUUCGUUACGCUGGUGGGAAAUUUUCGUAUAACAGCCAACGACAAAGAUAGUCGAAUUGGUGUCGGCGACAUGGUGGCCAUUGAGAAAUCUGUCUACUAUGACAUCGAAAAUAUAACUGAUGAUAUUGGUAUCCUAAUGGUGAUAAAAAAAUAAUUCGAUCUACUUUAACAUGUAUAUGAUUUCACAUCUGUUUCUACGCUCUAUACAUAAGUAUUUUAUUUUAUAUUUGCAUUUAUAAAUAAUGUAUGUAUCUACUUAUACGAGUAUAAUAAUUAUUAUUUCUUUAAGUAACUUCACAAUAAAAUGUUUUGUUUAUUAUUCAGUAAAUAAUUUAGUUAGUUAAGAAUAAAACAUAUAAAAACAUUUUAAAGGAUACGGGAUAUCCCUGGAGUUGAAAAUAUCUGGCUUUAACCACUAUAAUUCCAAAAUGAAAGGCUUUAUUUUUUUAGAAAAAUCAAAUCUAAAGAAUAUUUUAAGCCUUUUCGGGAAUUUACAAUAUAAUCUAAAUCCCAAUUGUAUUAAUUUAAUUAUUUUUUAUCUACAGUUUCUUAUCUGUUUUUUUUUUGUAAGAGUAGAUUAGUUAAUGUGCUGGGUAAUAAAAAUAAAACAAAAAAUAUAAAAUCAUUGUUAUUCAUUUGAUGCAAAAUCAACA